UCCCCGCCCCGCCCGGGCCCCGCCGAGGCUCUGGUCGGUCCCGGACAGACUGGCGGGCGGGCGGGCACUGACGCCGCGGGGCCGGAGUGGCCCGUGCGGUGGGACCAGCGGCGCCGUCGGUCCCCGUCAGGGCUCCGUGAGUCCCCGACCCGCCCCGGGCCUGGCCAUGGCGGGCGCCCAGCCCGGCGUCCACGCGCUGCAGCUGGAGCCGCCCACCGUGGUGGAGACCCUGCGGCGCGGGAGUAAGUUCAUCAAAUGGGACGAGGAGACCUCCAGUCGGAACCUGGUCACCCUGCGUGUGGACCCCAAUGGUUUCUUCUUGUACUGGACGGGCCCCAACAUGGAGGUGGACACACUGGACAUCAGUUCCAUCAGGGACACACGGACGGGCCGGUACGCCCGCCUGCCCAAGGAUCCCAAGAUCCGGGAAGUUCUGGGCUUUGGGGGUCCCGACGCCCGGCUGGAGGAGAAGCUGAUGACGGUGGUGUCUGGGCCGGACCCCGUGAACACAGUGUUCUUGAACUUCAUGGCCGUGCAGGACGAUACAGCCAAGGUCUGGUCCGAGGAGCUGUUCAAGCUGGCUAUGAACAUCCUGGCUCAGAACGCCUCCCGGAACACCUUCCUGCGCAAAGCAUACACGAAGCUGAAGCUGCAGGUGAACCAGGAUGGUCGGAUCCCCGUCAAGAACAUCCUGAAGAUGUUCUCAGCCGACAAGAAGCGAGUAGAGACUGCGCUGGAAUCCUGUGGCCUCAACUUCAACCGGAGUGAGUCCAUCCGACCCGAUGAGUUUUCCUUGGAAAUCUUUGAGCGGUUUCUGAACAAGCUGUGUCUGCGGCCGGACAUUGACAAGAUCCUGCUGGAGAUAGGUGCCAAGGGCAAGCCAUACCUGACGCUGGAGCAGCUCAUGGACUUCAUCAACCAGAAGCAACGUGACCCGAGACUCAACGAAGUGCUGUACCCACCCCUGCGGCCCUCCCAAGCCCGGCUGCUCAUUGAGAAGUAUGAGCCCAACAAGCAGUUUCUGGAGCGAGACCAGAUGUCCAUGGAGGGCUUUAGCCGAUACCUGGGAGGCGAGGAGAAUGGUAUCCUGCCCCUGGAAGCUCUGGAUCUGAGUGCAGACAUGACCCAGCCGCUGAGCUCCUACUUCAUCAACUCCUCGCAUAACACCUAUCUCACUGCGGGGCAGCUGGCUGGGACCUCGUCAGUGGAGAUGUACCGCCAGGCCCUGCUCUGGGGCUGCCGCUGCGUGGAGCUGGACGUGUGGAAGGGGCGGCCGCCCGAGGAGGAGCCCUUCAUCACCCAUGGCUUCACCAUGACCACGGAGGUGCCUCUGCGAGACGUGCUGGAGGCCAUUGCUGAGACUGCCUUCAAGACCUCUCCCUACCCCGUCAUCCUCUCCUUUGAGAACCACGUGGAUUCGGCAAAGCAGCAGGCAAAGAUGGCCGAGUACUGCCGCUCCAUCUUUGGAGAUGCGCUGCUUAUCGACCCUCUGGACAAGUACCCGCUGGCCCCAGGCGUCCCUCUGCCCAGCCCCCAGGACCUGAUGGGCCGAAUCCUGGUGAAGAACAAGAAGCGGCACCAGCCGAGCACCGGCGGCCCAGACAGUGCCGGGCGCAAGCGGCCACUGGAGCAGAGCAACUCGGCCCUGAGCGAGAGCUCCGCCACCACCGAGCCCUCCUCCCCGCAGCUUGGGUCUCCCAGCUCUGACAGCUGCCCAGGCCUGAGCAAUGGGGAGGAGGGGGUGCUCGAGAAGCCCAGCCUGGAGCUUCAAAAAUCUUUGGGCGAGGAGGGCCUGAACCGGGGCCCCUAUGCUCUUGGACCUGCUGACCGUGAGGAGGAGGAGGAAGAUGAGGAAGAAGAGGAACAGACAGACCCCAAAAAGCCAACCACAGAUGAGGGCACAGCUAGCAGCGAGGUCAAUGCCACUGAGGAGAUGUCCACGCUUGUCAACUACAUCGAGCCUGUCAAGUUCAAGUCCUUUGAGGCUGCUCGAAAGAGGAACAAAUGCUUCGAGAUGUCAUCCUUCGUGGAGACCAAGGCCAUGGAGCAGCUGACCAAGAGCCCCAUGGAGUUUGUGGAAUACAACAAGCAGCAGCUCAGCCGCAUCUACCCCAAGGGCACCCGCGUGGACUCCUCCAACUACAUGCCCCAGCUCUUCUGGAACGUAGGGUGCCAGCUUGUCGCGCUCAACUUCCAGACCCUGGAUGUGGCGAUGCAGCUCAAUGCGGGCGUGUUCGAGUACAAUGGGCGCAGCGGGUACCUGCUCAAGCCGGAGUUCAUGCGGCGGCCGGACAAGUCCUUCGACCCCUUCACCGAAGUCAUCGUCGAUGGCAUCGUGGCCAAUGCCUUGCGGGUCAAGGUGAUCUCGGGGCAGUUCCUGUCCGACAGGAAGGUGGGCAUCUACGUGGAGGUGGACAUGUUUGGCCUCCCCGUUGACACGCGGCGCAAGUACCGCACCCGGACCUCUCAGGGGAACUCCUUCAACCCCGUGUGGGACGAGGAGCCGUUCGCCUUCCCCAAGGUGGUGCUGCCCACGCUGGCUUCGCUUCGCAUCGCAGCCUUUGAGGAGGGCGGCAAAUUCGUGGGGCACCGGAUCCUGCCUGUCUCUGCCAUCCGCUCCGGGUACCACUACGUCUGCCUGCGGAACGAGGCCAACCAACCGCUGUGCCUGCCGGCCCUGCUCAUCUACACCGAGGCCUCGGACUACAUUCCGGACGACCACCAGGACUACGCGGAGGCCUUGAUCAACCCCAUUAAGCACGUCAGCCUGAUGGACCAGAGAGCCCGCCAACUGGCUGCCCUCAUUGGUGAGAGUGAGGCUCAGGCUGGCCACGAGACAUGCCAGGACACCCAGUCUCAGCAGCUGGGGUCUCAGCUGUCCCCAAACCCCAGUCCUAGCCCACUGGAUGCUUCCCCACGCCGGCCCCCCGGCCCUGCCACCUCCCCUACCAGCGCCUCUCUGAGCAGCCCAGGGCAGCGCGACGAUCUCAUCGCCAGCAUCCUCUCAGAGGUGGCCCCCACCCCGCUGGACGAGCUCCGAGGACACAAGGCUCUGGUCAAGCUCCGGAGCCGGCAGGAGCGAGAGCUUCGGGAGCUGCGCAAGAAGCAUCAGCGGAAGGCGGUCACCCUCACCCGCCGCCUGCUGGAUGGCCUGGCUCAGGCACAGGCGGAGGGCAGGUGCCGGCCGCGGCCAGGUGCCCUAGGUGGGGCUGCUGAAGAGGACUCAAAGGAGGGGGAGGACGAGGCGAAGCGCUAUCAGGAGUUCCAGAGCAGACAGGUGCAGAGCCUACUGGGGCUGCGGGAGGCCCAGGCGGACGCAGAGGCGCGGCGGAGGCUGGAGCACCUGAAACAGGCUCAGCAGCGGCUCAGGGAGGUCGUCCUUGAUGCAAACACGACUCAGUUCAAGAGGCUGAAGGAGACGAACGAGAGGGAGAAGAAGGAGCUGCAGAAGAUCCUGGACAGAAAGCGCCACAACAGCAUCUCGGAGGCCAAGACAAGGGACAAGCAUAAGAAGGAGGUGGAACUGACAGAGAUUAAUCGUCGGCACAUCACUGAGUCUGUCAACUCCAUCCGUCGGCUGGAGGAGGCCCAGAAGCAGCGGCACGACCGUCUUGUGGCGGGCCAGCAGCAGGUUCUGCAACAGCUGGCAGAAGAGGAGCCCAAGCUGCUGGCUCAGCUGGCCCAGGAGUGUCAGGAGCAUCGGGCAAGGCUGCCCCAGGAGAUCCGCCGGAGCCUGCUGGGCGAGACGCCAGAGGGGCUGGGGGACAGGCCUCUGGUGGCCUGUGCCAGCAACGGUCACGCACCCGGGAGCAGCGGGCACCUGUCGGGUGCUGACUCGGAGAGCCAGGAGGAGAACACGCAGCUCUGAAGUGGCUGAGCACGAGAUGAGGAGACUGAGGCCCGGAGCCAUCUCUCGUGUGCCAGGCCACAGCUCAGUCAAGACGUCCUGACCUGGAGGCAGGGCAGGCCUGGACCCUCCGUGGUGGACUGUCUUCGGCCAACCUGGACCUGUCCCGUGCCUCGGGACCAGCGAAGAGUGGCGGAGCGCCCACAGCGAGGGCUCAAGGGUGGGGCCGGCUCCCAGCAGGGUCGGCCUGGCACCUCUUCAAGGCCUCUCCCAGCUUCCUGGCGCUUCCCAGGCUGCCCGCCUGCAUCCCUCCUCCAGGGGAAGGCGGCCUCUUAUCUGGGCUUAUCUCCUGCCAAUUGAGUAUUUUCUUUGCUUUGUUUUUGCUGCGGCCUCAAACAGACGGGGUGGGGAGGCCAGGGAAACAGGCUCCAGAGUAGGGCCCUCCCUCAGGGUCAAUGCCACGGCCACGGCCCCGGCCUUCCUCACCUCUGCUGUGGGACCCGGCCCUGCCCACUCCAGUGUAUUCCGUAUCCAGGGCCCUUAGCAGCCGACUCCCAUCUCCCUGACUCUGGCUGGUGUCCACUGAGGGACGCACUCCAAAUCAGUUCCUGGGUCCUCAAUUACCAGCUAAAUUGCUAACUCCUGGGUGUGACAUUCCAGCCUCU